CGCUAAGCUAACGAGGGGUAGUUGUUGUGGUGAAGGGGGAUACGAGAUAAACAAAGAUAAAACUGUUACGUUUGGUUUUAGCUCCGAUCUGGUUUCAUCUCGGUUUCGGUAUAUGUUUGGUAACUUCCACAGAAUCUAAAUGGGUGCACACUACUGUGCCAUUUGUAGACAAACAACAUUCAACGGGAAGGGACACAUUUUCGGAAAAACUCAUCAAAGUAGACUCAGAGUGGUUCUCCUUAAAUUCACAGAAAAGGUGAAGGAAGCUCGUCGAACACUUAAGAAACCCGAAGUAGAAAAGUUUGAUUGCACCCAGCACAAGCAGACAUUCUGGUGCUACUGCUGUGGGUGUGAAAUUGAGAAAAACGUUACAGAUGGCAACAUGACUGUCCUUUAUGGAGGCCUGUUAGAACACAUGGCCACCCCAGAACACAGGAAGAAUACACACAAGUUCUGGUGGGACAAUAAAGCUGACCCGAAGUUUAGAGACAAAGUCAUCGUCACAGAAGAGGAAACGGAAAGGUUUAAAGCUGAGGUGGCAAAGGCAUUGGAAUCAUUUGUGGAGAAGGAGGAUGAAUACAUUAAACAGCAUGCUGAGCAUAUACGAGCCCAGGAAAAGCAUCGCCAGGAGGUCUUACAGUCGCUUUUAGAGCGUGAUGCAGAGCCUGAGUUGUUGAACGGACCCAACGGCACAGACUCGUCUGUAGAGAACUCUGUCAGCUCACAGUUUAUGUGUCAAGGAUCGGACCAGCAGGCGGGGAGCAGCUUUGUCGACUCGAUGGGUGAAAUGCCGUGGACUCCAGCAGGACACGGCCUGACAUUCAUAGGUUAUCAGGAUUCAUCGAACAGUGGAAACGUUCAUACAGGUGCUGUCCCUCCUUGGCUCCAAGAUGAUCCUGUAGAAGGGAGCUCCAGAACUGCUGCAGAGCCAGAGAUUGGCCCAUCACUCCACGAGUUCCUCAAACAUAAGGAGCAAGAGAAGCUGAGGAAGCUUCCUCCGAACAGAGUGGGGGCCAACUUCGAUCACAGCUCACAUACAGACGCCAACUGGCUUCCUUCCUUUGGUAGAGUGUGGAACAGCGGUCGACGCUGGCAGUCCAGGCACCAGUUCAGGCAAGAGGAAGGGCAGAAGCACAGACAGAAGAGGAGGAGGGAACAUGGCACAGAAGGGUCAAAGAAGAUAAAAACAACUGAUCAGCUGAACACUUAAAAUUUAGCAUGGCGUGUGAGAAUAGAGAAGUGAUAGUGAUGUAUAUAGUGUGUGACUUGUUAUUUAUGGUUAUACUGAGUGUUUAAGGAGCUGGACUGGAAAUGUUUAGGUUGAUAAGACACCUGUACAUGCAUGGCAGUACAUGUAAUUGUAUUUAAACAUCUUUACAAAAACCCAAAUUUCAAGUAUUGCUGUAAAGACAUUAAUUUUGUAUUAUAAAUAUUGGCUAUUCUUUAUUAAAGAAAAGUAAGCUCUG